AUGCAGCGGCGGAUCUUCGCUACUGGUCGUCAGGCCAGCAAGACUUUUGGGGCGGAGCAAGCAAAGACCCUGUUCGGCCGUUCGUUGGGGAAAAAUCCUUCUCCUCAGUUGUUGCAGAAAUGUGCAACUGAUGCUGGCCAAAUGCCCACGAAGGCUGGUCUAAAACUGGCCCAUUCCGAAAAUACAAACGAGACGGCAUUUCACCUGUGCUUCCUAAGCCACAAAACAGGUCCCCGGAGGGUUCAUGCCUUUAACCUGAUUGACAUGCUUCUUCAAGAUGAGCUGACCGCCUUUAGCCGACCUUCAAGGCCGGUUGACUCGGUGAAACAGCUGCUUUCAUUGUAG